AUGGAACCGGAUGAUGAUCCAGAUGGGCUAAGAGAUGAGAACGAGUUAAUUUUUCCAGUGGUGGUGCCAAAAGCGCCAGGAUUUCUGGAAGGGAAGGUGUUUUCGAAUGGCGACGGGUCAAAGAGAGAAGAAUGGACGGCCGAGGGGCGAGAGGGCUGGGACAACGGAUCAGCAACACCCGAGAUGGCGUUGACGAAUGGAUCACCGAAAGGAAGUCGUCCAUCCUCCCCUGGAAAUGGAAACUCUUUUUCAAAAAUCGAUUUUGAGUUGUGGGAGCGAGACAUGGCUCUUGAAGUGUGUGAGGAAAAUCACAUGAUGUUAAUUCACGCCUUGUGA